GCCCUUCUCCUUGGACUGCUGCGGAGGACUCAAUAAUGUGGAUUAUAGCAAGGUUGACCUCUCGGCUAUGAGUCUACUUUCUGACUACGUGGAUGUGACUGAUCCCAACUUCAUCGUGGCUGUCCUCUGCAUCGCUUUCAACCCGUUGUUCUGGAAUCUGGUUGGAAGAUGGGAGCACAGAACCCGGUCACUCACACGCGUCUUCCGUUCUCCUUACACAGCCUGCUACUUCCUGGGAGUUGUCAUUAUCCUGCUCAACUUUCUGCGGAGUCACUGCUUUGGAGAAGCGAUGAAGGGUCAGCCCAAGCUACCACUGCUGGAUUGUCUUUUGGUGUACUGUGCCAGUGUCAUUCUCAUGGCAGUGGGCGUCCUCUUGGUGAUCUCCAGCUUCCUCGCCCUGGGGUUUAUCGGGACGUUUUUAGGUGACUAUUUUGGCAUCCUCAUGGAGGCGAAGGUGACCUCCUUCCCCUUCAAUGUCAUCGAUAAUCCUAUGUACUGGGGUAGCACCUUCAUCUAUUUCGGAUGGUCCCUCAUGAACGCCAGCCCAGUGGGUCUCGUCCUGACCGUGGUGGUGGCUCUGUGCUACACAAUUGCUCUGUUCUACGAAGGGCCCUUCACCGAAGAAAUCUACCGCAACAAAGCACUGAAAUGUAAAUAAGGCCACAAUAUCAGUUGCAAAGAUCUCCCCAACGUUGGCAUUGUUUGGACACAGAGAGCUGGCCUGCUUGUGACUCCAAGAUGGGACAAUUGGAUAGGAUGAGAGAACUUCAGCCUGACUUCUGUUGCGUUCCUCCAACUCCUCAAUGAACACAC